GGAGAGAGAGAGAGAAGGAAGAUCACAAACGAAAGAAGAAGAAGAAGAUGCCUGGGAUUAGAGGACCCUCGGAAUACUCGCAGGAACCAGCUCGUGACCCUAGUCUCAAAGUCAACGCAAAGGAGCCGUUCAAUGCUGAGCCAACACGAUCCGCCUUAGUUCAAACUUACGUAACUCCAGUCAAUCUUUUCUACAAGCGAAAUCAUGGUCCCAUUCCUAUUGUUGAUCACCUUCCAAGCUACUCCGUCGCCUUCACCGGUUUGCUCAAUAAACCAAGAAACCUGUCCAUCAAAGAUAUCAGAUGUCUGCCAAAGUACAAUGUUACUGCUACUCUGCAGUGUGCGGGUAACAGAAGAACAGCCAUGAGCAAAGUCUUGAAUGUUAGAGGUGUUGGAUGGGAUGUUUCUGCCAUUGGCAACGCUGUUUGGGGUGGGGCCAAAUUGGCUGAUGUUCUCGAGCUUUUGGGCAUUCCAAAGCUCUCUGACUGCACCAGUUUAGGUGGCAGACAUGUUGAGUUUGUCAGUGUUGAUCAGUGCAAGGAGGAGAAUGGGGGGCCUUACAAGGCGUCUAUCCCUCUUAUUCAAGCCACAAAUCCUGAAGCUGAUGUUCUCCUCGCUUAUGAGAUGAAUGGAGAGACCCUUAACAGGGAUCAUGGAUUUCCGUUAAGGGUGGUUGUCCCCGGUGUGAUUGGUGCUCGUUCUGUCAAGUGGCUUGACUCCAUCAAUCUACUCGCUGAAGAAUGCCAGGGUUUCUUCAUGCAAAAAGAUUACAAAAUGUUCCCACCUUCUGUCAAUUGGGAUAAUAUCGACUGGUCCUCAAGGAGGCCUCAAAUGGAUUUCCCUGUUCAGAGUGCAAUCUGCUCUUUGGAGGACGUGCAAAUGGUGAAGCCUGGAAAGGUAAGCAUUAAAGGAUAUGCGGUUUCAGGAGGUGGGCGCGGGAUAGAGCGAAUGGACAUAUCCCUGGAUGGAGGUAAAAGCUGGGUGGAAGCAUCUAGAACACAGAAACCAGGAAAGCAUUACAUCUCUGAUCACCACGCCAGCGACAAAUGGGCUUGGGUGUUGUUUGAAGCCACCAUCGAUGUUUCCCAGACUACUGAAGUCGUCGCCAAAGCGGUGGAUUCGGCGGCCAAUGUUCAGCCGGAAAAUGUGGAGUCAAUAUGGAACCUAAGGGGGGUGCUCAACACUUCGUGGCACCGUGUCCUUCUUCGUCUAGGCCACUCCAACUUGUAGAUCAAGUUUCAGAGCUAGACUUACUUUAAAUGUGUGAGCAAAGUUUGGGUUUAAAUUAAUAAAAAGAGAAAACACACCUGUGAUUUACUCUUAGCUUUUGUUGUCACUCAUGCGGUACACUUAAAAUGAAAUAAUGUGAUACUACUACUGUUUAUAAAUUGUGAUUCAGCAUUA